CUGGUGCGCACCAGUUUACUAUCUGUAGGACAUCAGUCAGUAACUAUGUUUUUUUUACUUCAAUUUUUAGGAAAAAAACAUUUUUGUUCUUCAAUUUUUUUUUCUUCUGUGUCUCUUUAGGGGCUCCGUACCUUGGGGACUUAAUUUCUGUGCUUUUUUUAGUCUUUUUCUGCAUUGAUCUGUUUGAAGACAUUCAAAGAUGAGCUGUGGUUUGUUGUUUUCGUAGAAUUCAGCAAUGUCUCUGAAAGUCACUCUGCUUAUAGUGACUUUGGCAUCUCAGUGUUGGUCUGCCCCGCAGAGAAGAAACUGGACUCCUCAGGCAAUUUUAUACCUGAAAGGAGCACAGGGACACCGCUCUCUGUUGGAGCACAGCAGCAGAGAGGAGAGACGCAUCUCACGCUCAGCUCAUUUUGACCAGAUCAGCGAUGGACUGGGAUCAUUCUUACCUUCUGUCGUGUUUCUGGAGCUCCUGAAUCGAGCUGUGGACGAAGGUAAGUCUGGAAAUGUCAUCACUGUAGUUCAGCUGAACAUCGUCUAUAGUUGUUGGAUUCACCUGGGAUUUUUUUUCUUACAGGUGGACACACAUUGAGUCACAACAAAGAACAGAAAGAGCUGAAAAAACAUCGUUUUUGAUGGAUAUCAGUAAAAAUGUUUUCCCCAAAUGUUGUGGUUUUCUUUUUUUAACUCUGCACAAUUCUCUGUUUUUAAUUAUUUUGUCACAUUUUAGUAAAUAAUGAAUAAAUAAUAUUUAGAUCAGAAACUACAUUUUAAAAAUGUGAUUUUCUAAUUGCGGUUGUGCAUCUACAAGGUGAAAAAGUAAAAAAAAAAAAAAAAAA